CCUACAAACGCCAGUGACAUCAUUACUGCAAUUACUACCGUAACUUCUACGACCGCCGAUGCAACUGCUGCUGAAAUCACAACAGAAGCUUCUACAUCUUCAGCAAUAGAUGUUACGACUAAAGCAACGACUGAGGAUGAUGACUACAUUGAGCGACAUGCUGAUGACGAUAAGAGAUAUGUAGUACGACGGAGUAGUAAUAUCGCAUCUCUAGUGAUCGUGAUUGGAGCAUUAGUGUAUGCCACACUUUUACUGCUUGUUUUUCUGGUACUCACCAUAAGAAGACUGAGAAGAGCGACAAAACGCCGAAGACGCGUCAAAGGACCUCAUCCCCGAGCUGUGAAAGAAGAGAAAAAGAAGGGUGGUCUACCAAUAACUACCGACACGAACACAAGUGACACGACAGGAAUUACACACUCGAAUGAUGCCACAUUACAAGUGAGAAACAAACGAUGAAAGCUCAGAAAAUGUUAAGAUUUAUCAAUUUUUAAUGAUGUUCAUUGGUUUUUCGGUACCACAUAGCAACGUUUAUGGCUC